AUGGCUACCGAGGAUGAUUAUUACUUGAAUUUAAAUCAAGAUCAAGAAUCACUUCUUCGAUCCAGAUCAAGCUUAGGGUCCAAUGCGCCACACAGACAGGGUUCCCUUGUAAGGCCAGAAAGAAAUAGAUUUAACAAUCCAGAGAAUCCACAUUAUUAUUAUGUACAAAAGACGCAAGAACAGCAAGAUCAUCUGUCUGUGCAACCUUCAACUACAGGUAUAAAUCCAACAAGACAAUCCCUGCGUAGUUCAAUUCGAUCCCAACGUAGCAAUAGGAGUCGUGAAUCAGACGGUGAAUAUCCAUUACAAGAUUUUAAUUCAAGAGACAAGGAUAUUGAUGACGUUGACGAUGAGCCUACACGUAUAAAGCCAUCUAAGAAGACUUUAAAAAGAGAAAAGGAUAAUUCAUUAACUUUAUGGCAGUUGUAUUGCUAUGCAAUUACUUUUUGGGCCCCAGGUUCACUCUUAGCAUUAUUUGGAAUGCCCGAUAAGCCACGACAAAUGGCAUGGAGAGAAAAGAUGGCUUUGCUAUCUGUUAUUGGUUAUAUUGGUGCGAUUGUCGCAUAUUUGACCUUUGGAUUCACGAGAACUGUUUGCAGUACCCAAAAAUUACGUUUGGAAAUCAAUGAUAUUUCGGUAGCUUACGUUACUGUAAAUGGGAAGGCAUAUCAAUUAAACGCUUCGCUUUCGGAAGGUUCUGAUUUUGAAGUAAAAAAUGAUACCAUGUGUGGACCUUGGACAGCAGGUGGUAAAGAUAUUUCAUUCCUUUAUCAAAAUGUGAAUGGUAAUUGUCAUAACAUUAUAAAACCAAAAGAUGACUGUGACAUUCCUCAUGAUGAUGAUAAUAAUUUGGCAUGGUAUUUCCCUUGUAAACAGAUCAACCAAGACGGUUCCUCAAAACCAAACUUCACAAUAGAUAAUUAUGCUGGAUGGGGGUGUCAUACAAAUGAAGAUGAAAGAAAAGCUUUCUAUGACCUAGACAGUGUAGCUGACAUUUAUUUCUCAUGGGAUGAUAUUAAAAACUCAUCACGGAAUUUAGUGGUAUAUAACGGACAUGUCCUCGAUCUGGAUUUACUUGAUUGGUUAGAGAAAGACCAACUUGAUUAUCCGCCACUCUUUGAUGACUUGAGAGACUCCAAUUUACAAGGUUAUGAUUUGUCCGUCAUUCUUUCGAAUGGGCAUGAAAGGAAAAUUGCAAGAUGUCUUUCAGAAAUCAUAAAAGUUGGUGAAGUUGAUUCGAAAACUGUUGGCUGCAUUGCCUCAGAUGUUGUUUUGUACGUUUCACUGGUCUUUAUUCUUUCUGUGGUUGUAGCCAAAUUUCUAGUAGCAUGUUACUUCCGUUGGUUUGUUUCAAGAAAACAGGGUGCAUCAGAGGUUGAUAAUAAAACAAUGGAUAAACACCUAAAUGCGAUUGAAGAUUGGUCUGAAAAUAUCGGAACACAGGGACCGAUAAACCAAGUCUCGCCGAACCUACGACCAAAGAAAUAUUCACGCAUGCAUAAGAGAGAAUCAACUUUUAAUAUGUUACAAAACCGUAGCUCCAAAAUGCUUCAAUUAAAUGAAUCAGUUCUGGAUUUGGAUACUACUGUUGGUUCAUCAAAUGUGAAUGAUCAAUUUGGUGGAAUGACUACCAUGACAAUUCAAAAUGCUAAUCAAACAGCUGCCUUCGAUUCUAACGCUAACAAGAAAUCACAUUCACGUAACCCCUCCACUCUUUUCCCUUCUUCUUCCAUGCUAUGGAACAACACUACUGUUUCACCAGUUCCAGGUGCUACCACCAUGGAAAGCUUAGAUCCGUCUAUUAUUCAUCCAGACAUUGUUCAACAACCACCUCUAAAUUAUAUGCCCUUCAACUUUCCUUUAAUUCAUACAUUUUGUUUUGUGACUUGUUACUCCGAGGAUGAGGCAGGACUAAGAACAACUUUAGACUCUUUAAGUACAACUGAUUAUCCAAACUCUCACAAGUUACUAAUGGUUGUCUGUGACGGGCUAAUUAAAGGUUCGGGUAAUGACAAAACAACUCCAGAAAUUGCAUUAGAUAUGAUGGAAGAUUUCGUUACUGAACCAGAAGAUGUGUUACCUUACUCUUAUGUUGCAGUUGCAUCAGGUACAAAGAGACAUAAUAUGGCUAAGAUCUAUGCAGGUUUCUAUAAAUAUAAUGAUGAUACAGUACCACCUGAGAAACAGCAACGUGUUCCCAUGCUUAUAAUUGUCAAGUGUGGUACCCCUGAUGAACAAGGUUCUGCUAAGCCUGGUAAUAGAGGUAAGCGUGAUUCUCAAGUUAUCCUCAUGUCUUUCUUACAAAAGAUUACAUUUGAUGAGAGAAUGACCGAAUUGGAAUUUCAAUUACUGAAAAAUAUUUGGCAAAUCACGGGUCUAAUGGCAAGUUACUAUGAAACAGUCCUCAUGGUGGAUGCCGAUACCAAAGUGUUCCCAGAUUCUUUAACACAUAUGGUAGCUGAAAUGGUAAAGGAUCCUGUCAUUAUGGGACUUUGUGGUGAAACUAAGAUUGCAAACAAGGCACAAUCAUGGGUUACUGCAAUUCAAGUCUUUGAAUAUUUCAUUUCUCAUCAUCAAUCAAAGGCAUUCGAAUCUGUUUUUAGUUCAGUCACGUGUUUGCCUGGGUGUUUCUCUAUUUAUCGUAUCAAAUCUCCAAAGGGACCUGAUGGAUAUUGGGUUCCUAUUCUGGGUAACCCUGAUAUUGUGGAAAGGUACUCGGACAAUGUCACAGAUACCUUGCAUAAAAAGAAUUUACUGCUGCUAGGUGAAGAUAGGUACUUAUCGUCUUUGAUGUUGAAAACAUUUCCAAAGAGAAAACAAGUUUUUGUUCCAAAAGCGGCAUGCAAGACAAUCGUACCAGACAGUUUCAGAGUUUUAUUAUCUCAACGUCGUCGUUGGAUUAAUUCGACUGUUCAUAAUUUACUUGAGUUAGUUCUACUAAGAGAUUUAUGUGGUACCUUCUGCUUCUCUAUGCAAUUUAUUAUCGGAAUUGAAUUAAUUGGUACGCUGGUGUUGCCAUUGGCUAUCUGUUUCACAAUUUAUGUUGUCAUCUUUGCAAUUGUUUCACACCCUACACCUAUCCUUACUUUAAUAUUAUUGGCCAUUAUCCUUGGUCUUCCCGGGUUAAUUGUUGUUGUUACUGCUACGAGAUGGUCUUAUCUAAUGUGGAUGGCUAUCUACAUUAUUGCCCUACCUAUCUGGAACCUUAUUUUACCCUCGUAUGCAUACUGGAAAUUUGAUGACUUCUCAUGGGGUGAUACGCGAACGAUUGCUGGUGGGAAUAAAGCAGAUGAUGAACUAGAAGGUGAGUUUGAUCAUUCGAUGAUCAAGAUGAGAACAUGGAGAGAAUUUGAAAGAGAAGAUAGAAUGACAAGAAGUAAAAGUAUUCAAGAUGUCUCGGAUAAUAUAUUCUUAACAUGA